AUGGCCCGCAACUCCCGCCAAAGCCGCUGGACAGGCCUGGCGUGUCUCCUGACGCUGCAGGUGCUGCCGCACCAGGCACUCGCACACGCGCAGGUCGCUGACGUGGACCGCGCCAACAAUGCCAGCUUGCUCUGGGGCCCGUACCGCCCGAACCUGUACUUUGGCGUGCGGCCGCGCAUCCCGAAGAGCGUCAUGGGCGGCCUGCUGUGGUCGCGCGUCGAGGACUACCAGAGCGUGCAGAACACGUUCCGCCACACAUGUGAGCAGCACGAGCUCGACGGCUACGGCUGGGACGAAUAUGACGUGCGCAGCGGCGGCCGCCAGACCAUCCACGACCCGGUGAACCGCGUCGACAUCACCACCGAUUUCGUCAAGUUCCCAGGCGGCACCCACGGCGGUAGCUGGGCCGCGCGCAUCAAGGGCACCCCGCGUGCCGACGCCGACGCCGACCUGACCACCACUCUCGUCUGGUACCACACGCUCGAGGGCCUGGGCCAUCUGGCUGUCGACCAGCCCGACCGCGACGCCCUGGGCAUCGCCGGCGAUGUCGUCUUCAAUGGCCAGACGCCCGACCUGGGCGACUUCGAGCUGCGUGUCACCGCCGGUGCCGGCGACCACCCGCACUUCGACCACCCCAGCUACGACGAGAAGCCGCUGGACACAACCCUCGUGCACAGCGCCAACGUGCCCGAUGAUGCUCUGUGGCAGCUCAAGGCCGUGCUCUUCACCCACAUGAAGACGCAGAUUGACGCCCUGGUCUCCAAGUACGGCGACGAGAACCCGCCGCCGCCCGCCCAGAUCUACACCAUCCAGCACGCCCCGGGCGCCGGCAACAUGCACAUGGUCCAAAAGGUCUUCAGCGGUGCCUUCGAGUUCGACGUGAUCUUCUCGUCUGCCUCGGCCCCGGCCACCAUCACCUCCGACGAUGUCACCGCCCAGAUCAAGGCUGUCGGCUCCGGCUUCGCCUCCCGCUUUGCUGACACCUUCAGCCCGCAGGCACCUUUCCUCGACGAUCGUUACACCGAAUUCUCCAAGUCGCUCUUUUCGAACCUCGUUGGCGGCAUCGGCUACUUCUACGGCGAUUCUCGUGUCGACCGCUCGCACGACGAGGCCUACGAGGAGGACAGCGAAGGGUUCUGGGAGGAAGCCGCCGAAGCGCGCAGCAGAAACCAGCCUGACUCGGUCGGUCCCAAUGAGCUCUUCACCAGCAUCCCCUCUCGACCUUUCUUUCCUCGCGGCUUCCUCUGGGACGAGGGCUUCCACCUGCUUCCCGUCAUUGACUGGGAUGUCGACACCACACUCGACAUCAUUAAGAGCUGGUUCAACCUCAUGGACGACGAUGGCUGGAUUGGUCGUGAACAGAUCCUCGGCCCCGAGGCUCGCAGCAAGGUCCCUGCUGAGUUCCAAGUCCAAUACCCUCAUUACGCCAACCCACCGACUCUGUUUAUGGUCGUCAGCUCUUUCCUUGACAAGCUUGACGCGCAGAAGACCGACUCAAAGAACAAGAACGAGGAGUCAUACAACGUGCACCUCACGAACCGCGAGGCCGCCUUGCACUAUCUUCGCGAGCUGUACCCGCUCCUGAAGCGUCACUACUUCUGGUUCCGCAAAACUCAGGCGGGCGACAUCAAGAGUUAUGAUCGCGAGGCUUUCUCGUCCAAGGAGGGCUAUCGCUGGAGGGGACGCACACCUCAACACAUCCUCACCUCUGGUCUUGACGACUAUCCGCGUGCCCAGCCGCCGCACCCAGGUGAACUGCACGUCGAUCUCAUCAGUUGGAUGGGCAUGAUGACACGCGCCAUCAAGCGCAUUGCAGUCUAUCUUGAUGAGAGUGAUGAUGCAGCUGAAUUUGCUCGAUACGACGAGGCCAUCGUCCGCAACAUCGACGAUCUACACUGGUCCAGCAAAGAGAAGGCGUAUUGCGACGCUACCAUUGACGACUACGAAGAGAACGUGCAUGUGUGCCACAAGGGCUACAUCUCGCUCUUCCCGUUCCUGACAGGCCUCGUUGAUAAAGACAGCAAGCACCUGGGCGCCAUCCUUGAUCUCAUCGGCGAUGAAGAUCAUCUAUGGUCCGAGUACGGGUUGAGGAGCCUGAGCAAGAGCGAUGAGUUGUACCACACAGGCGAGGACUACUGGCGUGGUCCCAUCUGGAUGAACAUGAACUAUCUGGCCGUGCAGCAACUUCUGAACGUUGCCCAAGCCAAGGGCCCGCACCAAAAGCGUGCCAAGCAGCUCUACACUGACCUGCGUAAGAACCUCGUCAACACUGUCUUCGAAAGCUGGAAAGAGACGGGAUUCGCCUGGGAGCAAUAUAACCCUGAGACUGGCAAGGGUCAAAGAACUCAGCAUUUCACUGGCUGGACGAGUCUGGUCGUUAAGCUCAUGGCUAUGCCAGAUUUGAAUGUUGAAGCUGUCCGAGAUGAAUUGUAA